AUGGCGACAAGUGUGAUAGAACUGACGAAAAAGAGACUUUUUGCUCAGAAGAGAAAUGAAAAAGUGAAGCGAAGAUCUGUUCUUGCGGCGGGAAUUGUUGACGGUGACACAGCAAGUGAUGCUUUGGAAACAGUCCUCAGAAUCCGUCCCGCUUCAUCCCCACGCGAAGUUUCCGAUGGUUUUCUCCAGAUUGACUCGAGCACCCAUGUCACAAUUCGUCACCCUACUCGACCUGGUCAUGGAGAACAGUUCGGAUUCAACACGGUUGUCCCGAUUUCAACUACACAGCGGGAAAUGUACUCUCACUCCGGCGCAAAACUCGUUCGAGCUGCUCUUGAUGGUCAAAACUGCUGCUUGUUUACAUAUGGAGCGUCUGGCAGUGGAAAAACGUUUACAAUGAUGGGUGGCCCAGGGGAAGAUGCGGGAGUUCUAGCGCGGACGAUGGAAAGUCUUUUCGCGAUGCUGGAUGGUAAAAUGUACGGUUCUACUGACAUCCGCCCCACUGGAUCAAGCUACAUCAGCAGAGUUGGUAUCACUGAGGAGAAACAAGCAAAUGCAUUCAAAGACGAAGUUCUCGAGCGCGUAAACGACGGAGAAUGCCAAUCUGGUGACUGGAACUCCCGACGACGCAGUUCCAUCCUCAGGCUGAAUCCCGAGCUACUCAAGCCAGGUAACGCACCUGAGCCGCUCAAAGAACCGAUCGAUGAUGACAGCGAAUUCCUCGUCUUUGCUUCAUUCGUCGAGGUCUACAAUGAGCGAAUUCACGAUUUAUUGGUGCCCGUAGAUGGAAGCAGCAAGCGCGCCGAAUUGAGAAUCAGACAGGAUGCAAAAGGCCCGUUUGUUGGCGGAGUCCAUCAAGUUCAAAUCAGCUCUGCUCACGAAGCGUAUAAAGUCAUCGACGCUGGAAGAAGGAACUUGAAUGUCGCUGCGACUCGUUUGAACGAAGAGUCGUCGCGUAGUCACUGUUUAUUCAUCGUCAAAAUCGCUAGAAGAUUGACCGCUCAUCGUUGGGGAGUCUCGCAAAUCUGCUUCUGCGACUUGGCCGGAGCUGAAAGAUCGAAAAACAUCGGUGGAGAUGCAAAACGGCUCGGAGAGUCAAAGACCAUCAACAAGUCACUAAUGCAGCUCGGGAUCGUCAUCGAGGAGCUGAGAAACAACCAGAAAAAUCCAGGCUCCGUUGCAGUAUCGUUCCGCAACAGUAAGCUUACCAGGCUGAUGCAAAGUUACUUGACUGGAAAUAGUAAAACAAUCAUCAUAGUAACCGUGAGUCAAAAUGAAAAGUUUGCGGAAGAAACGCUCAAUUCUUUGAAAUUUGCUGCUUCUGCGAAAACUGUCAGUCUUGGUAGAGAUCGACAUGGAUUCAAAGAUAUGACAAAAAUGAACAUGUCGACGAUUCAUGACACACAAAUGAAUGCAUCGGUUAUGUUCAAAACGAUGAGUGGCUCCACGAUCGACCAGUACAAUGUCACGAGAGGCAACGAGUCGGCAUAUUACAGUAGACAGCCAGUGGCGAGCCAGGAAGAUACAAUUUCAUCCUCCGAGACGCCUGUUUCUUCAUUGACGAGCGUUCCUUCUGGGCCAGCUUCGGGCAGCUUCGACGAAGAUUAUCGAAAGUGGACUAAGCUCGACCUUAUUGAUGAUCUCAUUUACUACCGCGAACGUGAGAGAGAACUAGUCGCUUCUGUUCUAGCCAUGAAAAACGCCUGGAAAGAUGAUGAAAAACUGAUGAACGAGGAACGAAUGGACUUUGACAUUCAGAAAAAUAACUGGAAAGUCGACUUGCACAACGAACGCGCAAGGCUUCGAAACGAGUACAACAGCUCAACAGAAAAGCUUUUCAGAGAGAUGAAAAUCCUCAAGAAAUCAUUGAAAGAAUCAAAAGAAGAAGUCGCUCGAAUCGAAGCAGCUCGCGUUGAAUCAAAAAUUGAAUUCGAAGAAAAAUUGAAGGGUACAGACGCAAUUUCUACGGAGAAUGAAGAGUUGAAAAGCGAACUGAAAGUCUUGCAGAUGAAAAAUCAAAAUCUUGAGGCGGCGGCAAAAGACAACGAUUCAAAAUUAGAAAAGCAACUUGCAGAAACGCGCAAAUUACGAUCAUCCCUUGCGCAGCUUGAGCUCAAGCUGGCAGAAAAAGAAGACGAGCUCCUCACUGUAAAGACUACGCGCAUGUCGAUCGAUCCACUUGAUUCCAACGAUACGAUCGACUUUGCCAACUUUAACCCGCCAAAAGCUCGAAGCUCGAUCCUCCCGGUUGCGUCUUCAACUCGAACACAACUGAACUCGACGGCGGAUCUAAUGUCCAACAUCAUGGAAGACAUGUCAAAGACGCCAGAAGCUCUUCAGUCCUUUUCCGACAAGCCAGACAGCGAUGAUAAAGUAGAGCUCUACCGACAAAUUCAAGAUUUGAACAGACAACUUCGUGAAGCGAAAAAGGAAGCAACUGAAUCUGCUGAACAGAAACAGAGCAAUCAUAACGAAGCGCUGCUGCAUCAGAUCAAAGAAGCAGCGAAUAAAGAAGCUGAACUCAACUCGAAGAUCAACGCUUUAGAGCUAGAAAAAGAAGUGCUGAAGAAGAGAUCAGACAGAUGCCUUUUGCGAAAAGAGAAGGAAAAUCUCGAGCGAGACAACGAAGUCCUUCAGAGUAAAGUUACAAAAUUGGAGAAUCUUCUUGCCUCCGGAAAUAUCGAAAAUCUGAUGGCUCCGCCGUCGACUCCUUCGAAGAAGUUCAAGAAUACCACUGAUAACUUGGAUCCAGUUGUUGAAGAGCUUGAAAAGCCAAAACGAGCAACCACUCGUUCGCAGAGGAGGCUAUCAGACUCAACAAAUCAAGUUGCUCCCAAAAGAAAUCUUCGCUCUCGUAAAUAG